CGUUUGGUUGACCUGUUGAUAGUCAAGCUGAAACUAAUGUAAAAGAAAGAGUUAUGAGAUUUGUGUGAAUGCCGAUAAGUGAAACAAAUGAUUCAAAAUAGUUAGAAAGUGAAUUAUGAUCGUCUUAUCUGACGAUCAAUAUUUUUUCAUAGAGAAUAAUUCUUAACCGCACAAUGCUUCAACAUUUUGUGCUCAUGAAAAUUAGCAAAGAAGUACUGUCAUUGCGUAUGCGUCUGAUAUAAGUUGGCGCGCAAUGCUUCGUAUCAUCACACAUGUUCAUUGAAUAUAUUCGAUAACGAAUGCUUAAAAGCACUUUCAGUCACAUUUUUGAAGAUACAUGAAAAUAGAGAAUGGCAAUUCGACUUACACUGGAAUGUGGACAUUCAUCAGUAUUACGUGAGCGUACUACUCCUGAAGGUUUUACUCAUGACUGGGAAGUUUUUGUACGAGGAGUUGACAACGCAGACAUACAUCACUACGUUGAGAAAGUUGUCUUUCAAUUACACGAAACAUUUGCAAAACCUAAAAGAGUAAUAAAGGAGCCACCUUACGUGGUAAAAGAAUCAGGGUAUGCUGGUUUCUUGAUUCCAAUUCAUAUCUAUUUAAGAAAUAAGGAUGAACCCAAAAGAUUUCAAAUUCUUUAUAAGCUUAGCUUACAACCUAGAGGAAGAAUUAUUAACAAAGUUAUACGCCAUAAUGAAAUAAUCAAUAAUCCAUCAGAAGAAUUUCGUAGAAAGCUUCUAAGAGGAGGUGGCGCUGUAAUAUCCAGCACGGAGAGUACGUCGGACAGAGGCGAGAUAAAAGCUCCCGUUAUGGUCGGUAAACCAAAGUUAUCAGUGAGCGAGCCAAAGAAGCAUCGCCUGGUAGAAUCGAAGACAUCUAAUUCAUUCGCUGAAUUAUUUGGUCCUCCUAUAAAAACAGCGAAAAUAUCACCGGAGAGUAAGAAGGUUACGCAAUCUGAUAAAAGUACUACCGUAAAGCCUAUAGGAGUAUCUGAAAAAAUUGAGAAAGUAGAUAAAAUAACGAAAAGUAAGGACAGUCCGCAUAAGGAUACGAAGAAAGAGAAAGUAGAGGAAAAGAAGGAUAAAAAAGUGAAAGAUCCUUCUAAAGAGAAAAGCAGGAGUAAAGAAAAAUCUAAAAGACCUCCUAGUCCUGGAGGCAAGGGUUAUUCGAGUCCCACCUGUAAACGACCUUCUCCUCCCCCUGUUAAAAGGCCCCGUAGUCCUUCACCCCCUUCUUCCAUAAAACGGGCUCCAUCUCCAAAGUCUAAGGAGAAAGAUAUAAAGAGAUCUGUUCAAGAUAAGGAAAGGGAGAAGGAAAAGGAAAAAGAAAAGGAGAAGGAAAAAGAAAAGGAAAGAGACAAGGAUAAGGCGAGAGACGGUUCUAAAGGUUCGUUGGAUAUAAACAAGACUGAAAAAAAGAAGGAUAAAAAGAAGUACAAGGACGAAGCCUACAAAGAGAAAAAGGAGAAAUACAAGGAAGGUGAGCGUUCUGGUGUUAAGGAAGCUCAAAAAGUCAAUGAUAAGAAAUUGGAAAAAGGAGAAAAAGAGAAGGAGAAAUCUCAGGAUUAUAAAUCGGUAAAAGAUGGUAGAAAGUCUCCUAAACCAGUUAAGGAAGGUGACAAGAUCAAAGAUGAAAAAUUACCAAAGGUGGACAAAUUGGAUAAAGAUAAGUCGGAGAAAGUUAAGGAAAAUAAAAGUGAUAAGGAUAGAACGAAACAUAAACAUAAGAAGAAAGAUAAGAAGGAAAAGAGAGAUAGUAGUAGGGAAAGGGAGAAGAAAGAAAAACGAGAGAAAUCCAAAUCCCAGUCUGGGGAUAAACAAAAUAAUUUGCCAGCGUCGUCGAAUCCUCUUUCGAUGCUCUUUGCAAAUAUGCCGGAAAGGGAUAGUAGCGAUUCAGCACCUUCUGUAGACGAUGACUCCUUUGUUGAAACAAAACCAGUAUUGAAUGUGAAAAAGGAAUUGGAUGAUACGACAGCUCCUUUGACCCUUCCAAUGGAAGCAGCAAGACCGCCCUCGCCGCUACCUGUAACAGAAAUAAAGAAAGAAAAAAAUGAUCGUAAUAAGAGGGAAAAACCAAAAGGAAAUAGGGGAGAAGAAAGAGAAAACAGGAAAAGAAAACGAAGAAGUGAAAGUAAGGGUGAUGAAGAACAUAAUCUUAAAAGAGAAAAGGAUAGAAGUCAUUCGACCUCUCCAUUGUUGGAACCAGUAUCUUCCAGUCAAUCACCGGUUGUAGUGGACGUCGAUUCUAUUCAUAUAAUGAAAGAGAAGGAAGAUCGUCACAUCACAGAACAAACAAUUAAGAAGGAAGGAGAAACCGAUGGCGAACAGGUAGCUCCGGACUCUACAAAUUGUCCUUUGGUAGAGUCAGACACAGGGGAACCUCCUGUAUUUUCCGAAGAUUAUGUGUCACAGUUGAAGGAUUUACAGCACAAAAUAAUGACAUUACAGGAUAAUACAGAAUUACAGAGAGUUGUUCAGGUAAUAGAAGAGACGGGACAAUAUGAAAUUACUAAGAAAACAUUUGAUUUUGAUUUGUGUGCUCUCGAUCGUAGAACAGUACAACGACUUCAACAGUUUUUUUCUGCAUCAUGACUAUCUGUAAUGUAAAACAUGACACUUUUUUUUUCUUUGUUUCUUUUUUCUUUUUUUUUUCUUUUUUUUUUUUUCUUUUUUUUUUGUUGUACAUUGCUCUAUGCGUAAGUCAUAUCAAGUCAUCUUCGAUCUAUCAAUCCUUUCACUGUGUGAUGAAACGUUUAUCAUACGAUAAUAACCCUGGAGAAUUCCGCUAUUUACUUUUAAUUCUUAGAAAAAUUGAUUUUUAUAUUAGAUUCAUAUAAAUUACAUUGUUUCAGUUGCAAUGUACUAAACAUUAUAAUAAUACAGUUUAAUUCAGCCAAAUGAAUGCAUAUAAAUUAUAUGUAUUUAGAUAGCAUAAAAGUUAUACAUAUGCACAUACAUAU